AGAGAGAGAGUCUUGAUGCAGCAGUGUUGUGACCGGGCAGGACCGCUAUUGUCACAGUGAGCGGAGCCAAUAUAAACGUCAGAGCAACAUUAGCGUCUUUAAAGGGCUAAACAGUCACACAUCCAGCAGAAAUGGGGAAGGUGGAAGGAGGAAUGAAAUGCGUGAAAUAUCUCCUGUUCGUGUUCAACUUUAUAUUCUGGUUGAUGGGAUCCUUUGUUCUGGCUGUGGGGCUGUGGCUGCGUUUUGACCCAGAAACUGUGUCUCUGCUCAAUGGAGACAAAGCUCCAGAUACUUUCUUCAUAGGUGUGUAUAUCCUGAUAGGAGCUGGCAGCCUGGUGAUGUUGGUGGGUUUCUUUGGCUGCUGUGGAGCUGUUAGAGAGUCUCAGUGCCUGCUCGGUUCAUUCUUUGCCUGUUUGCUGAUCAUCUUUGGGGCUGAAGUUGCAGCAGGCGUGUUUGGAUUCUUGAGCAAAGACAAGAUCAUCGAAGAUGUUCAGAACUUCUAUGCUACGACCUACAAUGAAAACAAUAACAGCACAUUGAUCUUAUCAUACCAAAAAGUACUGAACUGUUGUGGAACCAAAGCAAGCCCCUGCUCUGACUCCCAACCGGAUACAAAGGACUGUGAGACAGGCAUUCAGGACUUCUUCAACAGCAAACUCUACAUAAUCGGUUAUGUGGGCAUCGGCAUUGCUGGAGUCAUGAUUAUUGGGAUGAUCUUCAGUAUGGUGCUCUGCUGUGCUAUCCGCAACAGCAGGGAGGUCAUCUGAGCUGGAUCUUUGACUUGUACCAAUCACCAAUCCGGAUCGACUGUACAGACUUGAGAUGUCAUCACUGUCCAAUAUCUGUACUGGGACCAAGGAGCCAAAAAGUUCCUUUUCCACCAUGGUGCUCAACCCAGUUGUCCUGGCCUUAUUUUCCACUAUUAUUUUGAUUUUGAUUUAUUUAUUUGCCAUCCAGCCAAGAUGCAUACUCUACCUUUAAUAACAUUAUGAUAACAUUUAGAAUAUUCACAUAUCCCGUGUGAACAGCAGGAUUUCUAAAAUUUACCUGACAAUCUGUCAAAUUUGUUUUUUUUCCUCAAGGCCAUUUAGCAACCACUACACAUUUUGAACCCACAUACUGACACAGUGGUGUCAAUGCUUUUUCACACAGCCUUGAAACUGACACGAGGCUGUGGGAAACUGUAGCCUGAGAGAGGAAUUGGAGGUGAAAGCAGCUGAGUUUGCCUGUUUCUGCACAGAAAUGAACACGCACAGACACACAAGCACAGCAAUGUUGUGUAAUGUGAGACCAUAGCCUUAAAAAAGGUUUUUUAGAAGCACACUGAAUGCGGAUUGGUCGAAUCCAUGACUGAUGUCAAGGGAGGGAAAGGCCAGUGUAACUUUUUCACGCUUGUUCUUGCGCUCCCUUAUGGACAGUUUACACGCUAUAUUAGGAACUGCAAAAAAAACACCAACUGCUCAGUUCAAGAAAAUCUGUUGUUCUAGGGGACAGAUCUCCUAUUCACCUCUCCAUGAGAGAUACAUUAGAACUGUAGCUCCCAACUGGUGGGUUGAUCCUGGAAUAAAAAACAUCCACCAAGAAAUACAUGAAGCUCUUUUAAAAACAAUAUUUUUAUGUAAUGUCCCUUGAUUUGGCAUGUUUUGUUUUGUCGAAGGUUUAAACUGUACAAAUUUUCAUUAAGUAAAUACAAUUAGUCAAGACAUAUCAGAAAUUUGGGUCGCUCUUUCUCACUGAGGAGUUCAUAGUGGGUCCUGAGGCUCGACCAGUUGAGAAUCACUGCAUCCAUGUGAUAAAUCUACAGCUGGAAAAUACUUGGUUUAGCUUAGCUUAGUAUAACAUAGCUUUUCACAAAAGCCUAGCCUAGCUUUAGCUAUUAGUGUCACCAGGGACUGGGAGGGUAAUUUUAAAACCUUCUGACUACUUUUAAGUAGAUUUGUUUCAUUUCAACUCACAGAGGGUAGGCUAGCUGUGUCCAGGCUUUAUGCUAAACUAAGCUAACCCACUGCUUGGUUUAGCUUGAAAAGCCAUGCUGUGUUCAAUCCAUGCUGGAAUCACUUGGCGCUAGCUGAGUUCAAAGCCUUGUCAACUUUUGAAACACUUUUCACCUUGGGACAGAGCUAAAAGACUGUCUGGCUGCAGACCAUACAUCUCUGAUGGCCACUUUCACAGAAAUGAAAACGUUGCAAACAGACUAAGCAACAUUUCAUUUAAAAAAAAAGGGGGGAAAAAGAAAAGAAAAAGGUCAGAGGUCUAAUCUGGGAUUAAAUUAUUUUAAAAAAUUUAGAAGUAGUAGCAGGAACGGUUGCUUUAGCUUUGUUAGCUUUUCCUAAAGCUAACAGCUGUAGCAACAUAAGUUUUAGCCUACAUCUGUGUGAUCUACGUAGCUAAUGGAACUUUGUGAGCUAAGCUUACUGUGUUAGCAUUUUCACAGAGGACAAGCUUUUUUCCUGUAAGCAGACUGUUUACUCAGCUGUGUUAGGUGUUUUAGAACCAGGUUUUGGAGGUAAGGUUUUUUUCUAACCAUUACAUUCACUCUUACCCUUACCCUGAAUGAAAGUUUAAGUCCAUUUUACUUUUUAAGCUUUAGCAUGUAUUUCCUUUCUGAAAGAGAUAGUGUCUCAGAUGAACAGUCUGUGAGAGUGCCCGUCAGAGAUAUACUGUCUGCAGCCAAACCCUUCUCCGAAGCCAGGGUUGCUACAUCCGAUUUUUAUGCUAUGCUAUGCUAAGCUAAGCUGCUUCUGGUUUAAAGUUUUCCAUUUAAGAAAGUGAUUUCCAUCUUCUUAUCUAUCUCUGAAGAAGACAGUGGAUACAUCUCAGAAAGUCAAAUGUUUCCUAUAUUAACCAAUCAUUUAUACGUUUAAGUCAGACACUUAAUGUGUAAUUUCCACAUAGUCUUUGUCAGUAGUGUUACAUCUGUGCUGCAGUUUCACCUCAACCACAACAGCACACGCUCUUGCCCAGUAGAUCCUAUAGCAUUGCAAUGCCUAGAUCAGCUGAAAAUGAGAAAUCAUGAGAGAAAUACAAGUUUACACAGGAAAGUGAGAUCACACAAACAAGGUUACUUUGCCUUUCUAAAGCUGAAUUGCUGUACAUUCGUUUAGAUAUUAUUCUGGGAUUUUAUUUGCUUCUACCAUUGGUACAUUAGGUUGUUGAAAAGAUUUAUGCUUCUGAGAAAGGAUGUAUAGUGCCAUAAAAUUAUAUGGUUUCCACCUCCAAAAGUAACCUUUCUGCACCCAUGGUGCAAUUUUACCUCUGUGUUGAUACAAUGAUGACAUUUACAUUUAGGAGUCUGUGCAUUGGGUGUGUGUGUUUAAUAGACUUGAUGCUUUGUGUAUUCUAGUUCCUGUUGAUCUGCUCUGCAUAGAUUGGCACAUGCUGGCAGCAGACUUGGCAGACAUCUCAUGGUGUGUGCUGCUGAAACCUGACUAGAAAGGAAGCAAUUUGCUUUGGGCAUAGAUGAAUGCUGUGCAGACAAACUAUGUGGAAACUGGGGGAUAUAUUUAAAAUACAGCAAACAGUGGUGGUUUGUGUACCAAAAACUGUUUGCUGUCUUUGAUUGCACAACUAAAGCAAGAUUCAAAAGCUUUCCUUAACAGGAAGCACUCAAAAGUCAUCCAAAAUCAUCUCUAGUUGUCUUUAAAAAGUACCCUGAAUAAAAUGGUCACCAUAAGGAGCUAAAACAAGUUGAUAAAGCCUACUGGUACGGUAUGAAAACAAAUAUAAUUUUAAGGAAAUAGAGCCUGUCUUUUCAGGAAGCUUUUUUGUUAAUUUUGAGGAAUCUCUGAGGUAAAGUAAGACUUUCUGACACUCUCUGCCCUCUCUUUGUACUUUCACUUAUGUAAGAGAGUCUUUUGACAGUACGUACAUGGGGAAUAUCAUGUGAACAAGCUAAACAUAAACUAGCCCGUCAACUGAGAGCGAGCACUGAGGCUGUCAGAUUCAGCCAUCAAAGCCGAGCCUUUCAUCCUCCUCCCAUCUCUGUCUUUUCCCCUCUGUGCCUUAAGGUUAAACCACUCCAAAACUAAAAUUAAAAACAUCAACCUCAGCUGACAAUAAGACUUAAACCACCCACCCUAACAGAAGUAACUCACAUAAGUUCAGGUUAAAUUAGGCCAGUGUUAAUUCUGCUCCUAGUGCCGGACUCCGGUUUGUAAAUAUGUGUGAGUUUUCUCAUAGAUGUACAUUAUUUUGUAGCUGAUGUGAUGCUUUUUAACGUGGUGUGUAGAAAUAGCUUUAGUAGUUGUACAGUGUUAUAGUCAUGCCAGUGCUUACAAUAGUCAGAGCAAAUCCACACAACUGAAACAGCUCCUUUCAUGUGCCUUUCUUUGAUAACAAGCAACUUUUUUAACCACAGGCUGUCUGAACGUAGCAGGAGAUUGUAGCAAAAGUUGUACAUAUGAUUGGAGAGUUGGACUGCAAAUAAUAGUCACACACUUACAGAGUGUAGCACAUAUGGCUCCAUUUGCUGUUAUUGUUGUGGUGUGUUUGGUCACACUCGAUUGUGUCGUCCCUGCCAAGACAACAGAUAUGAUGAGAGCAAAAAAAUUCUCCAAAAGUCACUGUGUGGUUAUGAGGACUGUGAAAAAUUAUUUUUAUGUCCAAAAAAAUCAAGCACAAGCCAUUUUCAGUCUACAUGUCUGUCUGCUGAGUUGUCAGCAGGCAGUGUUUGUUCUGAGUGAUGCUUUCUUCUGUGGGUGAACUAGUACUACUAAAUCCACAAAGCUGCAGCUCUGAUCCUCAGUUAUGUUUGUUUUUAAGCAAAUCCAGAGAUGUAAAGCACUCUGCUUGGUAAAAACACACUCUGUACACAGUCAAACCUUUUUGUAAUUGAUUGAUUGUUAAUUUAUUUGAAUACCAUUCCACACUUCUCAGGAAGAUAGGUGUUUGAAGUUUAAUAAAGAGUCAACCUUGAAA